AUGAAGUUCGCUACCUCCGUCUUCACCCUUGCGCUUCUUCUCGUGUUCACCAGAACCGUCCACGCCUUCUUCGAAGCGGCUGCCUUGCAAUUGUUUAUUCUCAUCGAGGCUGCCGUCUUCCUCAUCAUCUACACCGGCGAAAUCCCCGCCCCGCCUCUGUUCUUGAGGCAACCCACCCUUCCCCCGCCUGUCAGCGAAACCCUCCGCAUUGAAGGCGUCACCCUCCAAGUCGCCGAUUCGCUGGCGGAGUUGCUGCUUGUGGUGCAUGCCGAGUUGUCGGCACCGACACUGAUUGUUGCCACCCCACUGGCACCGACACUGAUUGUUGCCGCCCCACUGGCACCGGAGAUGCUGCUUGCAUCUCCAGCACAACUGCUGUCGCUGACUAUCGACCACCCUACCCCGUCGAUUUCGUCUACCAUCGUGUCGCUGUUGCAACUGGUCUUCGAGCUCUUUACCCCGCCGAUUUUGUUUGCAAAAGCGCUGCAUCGGAUUUUCAAGCUCUAUGUCCCGCCGAUUUUGUCUACCAUCGUGUCGCUGUUGCAACUGAUUUUCGAGCUCUUUACGCCGCCGAUUUUCUUUACUAUCGCGUCGCUGUUGCAACUGGGUUUCAAGUUCCUUUCCCCGCUGGUUUUGUUUGGUUUCGUGCCGCUGUUGCCGUUUCUACGUGUCUUCAGCGCCGUGAAGGAGUUGUGCACGUCGGUUUCAGUUCGUCUUGCGACGCUACCUUGGAACUCCCUUUUUCAGGGUCUCACGUUUUGCGCCCUCGUUUACCAAACUCACUUGAUCACAAAGAUCAAUGUUCUUCUCACACUCAUCGAGCAGGAGCUUCGGCGUGUUCGCGAAGAUGACAACGACGCUGGCGAUCUCCCAAAUUUCUUCCCGGAAAGAGAGCCCUUCGUCGCCACUGACGUCAUCAGAGCGAUGGAACAUGCCGCCGCAAGAGAGCCUCACCCUCAAGCGACAUACACUGCAAUCACCGCCUCAGAGGCGAGAACUUUGAAUCCUCGGACUGGUACUGGCCACCCCAGUCCCGGGACUUCAAAUUCUCGUCCUGUCGCAGGUAGUAGUGCUGUCGCCGCCACAGGGCAGAGAAAGUUGGAUCCUGGGGCUGGUACUGGCCGCACCAGUCUCGAGAUCCCACGUUUUCGUCCCGUCGGAGGGAGCAGUGCUGACACCGCCUCAGUGGCGAGAACUUUGAAUCCUGGGGCUGGUACUGGCCACCCCAGUCCCGGGACUUCAAAUUCUCGUCCUGUCGCAGGUAGUAGUGCUGUCGCCGCCACAGGGCAGAGAAAGUUGGAUCCUGGGGCUGGUACUGGCCGCACCAGUCUCGAGACUACACGUUUUCGUCCUGUCGGGGGGAGCCGUGCUGACACCGCCUCAGAGGCGAGAAAUUUGAAUCCUGGGGCUGGUACUGGCCCCACCCGUCCCGGGACUUCAAAUUCUCGUACUGACGGUGGCAACAUGGCAGCCCCCGAAAAUGGCGAAGGCUUUCCGUGGCAAGAGCCGGAAACGUUAGCUGAAACCCGGAUGGCGAUUCGUGUGGCUAACGACUGGUUGCAAGCCAACCAAAACUGA